UGAAAAUACCUAUCUUCAGCGCAUAGAAAAGACAGGAGGCGCAAUGGGGAGGUGUCGUUUGAGCGAAAAUGAUCAGCGGCAUCUGCCGCUGCCCGGAUGUUACCUGUAUAUCUGUAUUAUCGGGUUACCAGUGCAAAGGUUGGUGAUUGUAUUUGCCGGUAUAAUCCCUCCACUGCCUUCUCCGAUCUUGGCGGCGGUGCGUACGGGAAUUGUGCGGUUGGAUGGAAGUUCGGAGCGGCAAUGGGGAUAUUGGGGACAUAUGUCGCCGGGUCGUUAUCUAUAUCGGCUUUACCCGCUGUAGUUUCCGCCUGUAUCAUAUGUUGUCUGAGUGCUGCGGCGGCGCAGAGUCAGCAGUCGCCCGGAAGUAACGGGACACCGACGGCCGUACCCGUCGCGGCCGCCGCCGCCGCCGCCCCGAGCAGUGCCGGCAGCGCCCCGGCGGCCGGGGCGCAGCUCUUCUCCUCAGCGCAGACCCUGGCGGAUUCCGGCCACAGCCACAGUCACAGCCAUCACGCCGCCGCCAGCGUCAGCGCCAACGCCCCCAUCGCCGACCUAUUCCCCGGCGUCGGCAUCGGCAUGGGCGGCGCCUUUCACAAGGUGCCCUUCAGCGACCGGCUGUCGUGCGACGGCGUCUUCCAGGACUACUGCUCCAAGCCCGGCAUCUUCUAUCCAAGGAGCGACAUUUCUAUGUUUAUUGACGAGAACAAGGCGCUGAUGCGGCGCAUGUUUGGCUCAGUGUCGUCACGCAGUCUCAUCCGCAAGGAAGAGGAGGACCAGCCCAACGGACCCAACGGCCAGCUGGACAACAGCGACCUGCGCCGCAAACGCAUGGUCAAGAACGGCGCCGCCGCGGGGGCCGGGACCGGUGCCGGCGGGCCGCAACCGGCGCUCACCAGCUAUCUCUGCCCUGUUGAAGAGGAGCUGGUGACGCCGUUCUGGGCGGUGAACGGGACGGGCGUGAAGCUGGCCAUCGUCAACAGUCCGCCCUUCGAGCAGGCCGUCCACACCGUCAAGUGCGCCCGCUCCAUGACGAGCAGCGGCCUCCCGCUGACGCCGGCGCAGCAGGGCACCGCCGGCGGCAGUGCCGGCACAAUGCACAAUCGCUGCCACCCCAGCCGGCCCUGCUGGUGCAGCCAGGAGUACAGCUGGUUCCGCCUCCUCGCCUACGACCCCCACGACAACUGCAAGGGUAUCUUCAUGGACUGGUUCAAAUUCCCCUCGCACUGCGCCUGCAAGUGCAUGCUGGCCGACCCCGCAUCAAGCGGAUAGAACUGAACGUACGAUCAUCCACAGAGUAUCUCCGCGCGCCAUUUAACCACACAAGGAGCAGCCCUUUCCCAUACUGACCAGACGGAUGGAUGACCUUUGCUAUUCGUUUCACCGGCGAGCAAGAUUUGCUUAUAAUUCGUGUUAGUACGGAUAUACGGUACUUGUACAUCUAACGAUAACAGUUUACUAUGUAGUAUAAGUAUAAUUGUUGCAAUAUAUUGUACGUACUGUCAGUGUCCGGUAUAUACUGUGUAUAUAGAUAGAUAUAGGCUGUAGAUUCGUGUUACUCUUUUACCUCGUUUCGGUAUAUUUAUAACUGUCUGUAGAUGUUGAUAAGGAGUGAUUCCUUGUGCUUAUCUAGAGACGUUAAGCGAUAA